GUUCCCGUCUGUUUAUUCAUAGUCGGGAGUAAAAUAAGGGUUUCUCUUUUCUCCGAAACCCUCUCCAUCGAAAGUUAUCAGAGUUAGAAUUUGGUCUAGUCGUUCCAUUUCUCAGACUCCAAUAGAUGAGGCUCUUACAGUCGGGUCUAGCAAUUGCUUUGACGUCUGGUUUAGCGGCAAUUCUCAUAUACAUUACAGGAGUCUCGACUUUCUAUGAGAAAUCUAGCAUUUCGGAUGAAGAUUUGAGUGCCUUGCUAACCUUGCAGAGCGGGUUCAAGAAGUGUGUGAGUGCUAAUGGCUUGGGAUUACAAGCUUUGGAUGGUAAAGAUUAUUGCCAAGUUACAAUCCAGUUUCCUGGCGACACUAUUCCCAAAUGGAGGGAUCCUAAAUCAGGAGAACUUGAAGGCUUGUCAUUCGAUUUUAAUCUGUGUGAAGCGGUUGCUACAUGGGAACAGGUCAGGAAUAGUACAACGAUACUGACAAGGGAGUUCAUUGAUGCUCUACCAAAGGGAUGGGAAGAAUAUGCAUGGCGUAGGAUAAAUAAGGGCAUCCUUCUCAAUCGCUGUGAGAAUAAAACACUAUGCAUGGAGAAACUUGCUUUGGUACUUCCUGAAACACCGCCAUUUGUUCCAAAGCAAUUUGGUCGAUGUGCUGUGAUUGGCAACUCUGGAGACCUUCUGAAAACAAGGUUGGGCAAGGAGAUAGAUGGUUAUGAAGCUGUUGUCAGAGAAAAUGGGGCCCCAGUCCAGAACUAUACAGAGUAUGUAGGUACGAAGAGCACUUUUCGCCUUCUUAAUAGGGGAUCUGCCAAGUCACUUGAUAAAGUUGCAGAGUUAGAUGAAACUGGGAAGGAGGUCCUGAUCAUUAAAACCACAAUUCAUGACAUCAUGAACAAAAUGAUUCAGGAGGUUCCAAUUCGCAAUCCUGUAUAUCUCAUGCUAGGUGCAUCUUUUGGUUCAGCUGCAAAAGGGACAGGUCUCAAGGCUCUUGAAUUUGCGCUCUCCAUUUGUGAUUCUGUUGACAUGUACGGUUUCACAGUGGAUCCGGGUUAUAAAGAAUGGACUAGAUAUUUCUCGGAGUCUCGUCAGGGGCAUACUCCAUUGCAUGGCAGGGCAUACUACCAGAUGAUGGAAUGUUUGGGACUUAUCAAAAUCCAUUCUCCAAUGAGGGCUGAUCCUAGCCGUGUCGUGAAGUGGGUACCCAGCCGUAUUACACUAACUGCAGCAAGAAUUGCAUCCGAGAAACUGUUGAGGAUGGUUGGGGCAGGCACAAGAGACCCACUAGGGGCGUGUUCGAUCACCAAGCAGUGCAAGGAAAAGACCAAGAAGACAUUGGGCCUCAGAAAGGCUGCUAAAGAGCAUCAGAAAUAUGUGAAAGGAACAACCAUGUACCCAAUGGAGCAUAGUCUUGGACAUGGUAUGCUCUGCACAGUGCCCAAAGUCUAAAUAUGGAGGAAACUCUUGUGGUUGAUGAUGCUCCACACUGAAUUACUGCUGA